UCAUAAAUAAUUUUAUGAGUGAAAACGAAAGUCAUCAUGUCGGAAGAUACCAAGAAAAUAUUACAGAAAUUUUUUGUUACCCUUCGUAACAAUGUAAAUGCUACAGCAAUUUAUCGCGAGGUUUGGGGUCUGACACAAUUUGACAGAGAGUCAAUUACUAUCACACAAAAGACAAACACCGAAGCUGUUGAUAAAUUGGUGGAUAUCGUUGGAAGCAGAAGCACUCGGAGUUUUGUCAGUUUUGUUGAUGCACUUAAGAAGAAUGGCCAUACUGAGAUUGCCGACAAUAUCUUAUUGGAAGCGAAACAGAAUUAUCCACAUAUUCAUCGUGCUCUCCAUUCAGUUCUCGUAUUGCCAACAGCGACAGUGCCACCUUCUAGUAAUACGCAAUAUAACCAAACAAAGAAAUGUGUAGAAAAUCAAGCCUAUAGCAACGCACAGACUACGCCAAAUGUUAGGAACGAUCAGAACAAUAUACGACAAGCACAACAUGAGGACGCAGCCACCCAAGACACAGAAGAUAGUGACUCUGAGAACGAAUCUUGUAUUUUUACACUUGAUACUAAACUGAGCCAGAUACCGUAUACAUAUGUUGAGGCAUGGGAGGAAGAAUUGCGCGAAAAGAACCAGUGGAAAAAGUUGGCCACGAAGAUGAAUCUCAGCUACCGGACUGUAAAAGAAUUAGAGAAAGAAGAAGAUCCAGUUGACAAUUUUUUUGAGCGUCAUUGUUCAAAGCUUACCAUUGAAAGGUUUUUAAAGUACUUGACAAAGGCUAGUCUGACCAGCGUUAUAGCUAUGGUACGGAAGCAUGUGGAUGAAAGUGAAGGCAGUUCUGGCGUCCAGCAAACACCUUUGCAAGAGGAAGGAAAUAACGCACCUGUUCCAACAGAACUUUAUAACGACACGCAUGGAGUUGUACCACAUAUGAACUGUCUAAAUCUAGACGAUAGUAUAACAGACAACACACAGAUCCCAUGUAAUGACAACAAGCCUCCCAGCCCCCUUAUCUCAAAGAGAACGAAUAUUGGAAGUGUGUCGAAUAAUGAAUCAUCUGUCAACAUCGCAAAAGUGGAAAACUUGACGAUUAUUACAACUCAAGGACCUUCUGAAAGUUCAUUGACAGAUAAAGAUGGAUCUGUGAAUUCUGCGGAGAUUGGAAAGAACAUUUUACCUGACGAUAAAGAGGUAAAUAGUUCCGGACAGUCUGAACAACGAUUUGAGAAUGAAUAUCCAGAUACUCUUGUCCCUGGCGAUCUGCAAUCUGGGGGUAAAUUGCCACCAUUGCAAGAGUUAAACAUUAGAGAAAAGCCCAUCCUAGCUAAACACGAGAGAGUUAAAGAAAAUUAUAAUGACCAAUGGUGUGUGAAUUUGUUGGACGAAGGAAGAAUGCAUGAACAAUUUGAUAAUAGUCAAAGUUCAUCUUCACCAACAGAAGCAAUUGCUAAACAGUUAUUGCAAACACAACCUGAGAGUAUUGGCGAAAAAGCAAAGAAACAUCCUGCCGAACAGGACUGCAAUGAAAUGCUCAUGGAUGCUGGAAUUCAGAGAAGAAGCGAUAAUACAUACAGAAAUAUACAUGACUCUAUACCAGACGCCGAUAGUGUAGUGGAAUAAAAAUAAUACAGUUGAAAAGCUGCUAACAUUGUCGGAAGACUUGUUACAUGUACAUCUUAUUUCUACUCGUAAUAAGCAUACUGCAUAGAAUGUUUUAAUUAGUCACAUUUGACAAUUAAUUGUAAAAUAAUCUGAUUCACGAGUCGACAAUCAAGUGUUUUUGUAAAUCAAGUUCAAGUCAUUUGGAAGUAUACUUUAUCACACUGAAUUACCAGCAACCGUUCAUUUUUACUUCUUAUAUUUGUUAAAAGAGAGGCGAAAGAUACCAAAUGAAUAUUCAAUUUCACAAAAACUGGUAUGGAUUAACAUGUAUUUAGACUGACUGAAAUUUAGAGAUAUAAGGUGUUGUAUAGAAGUUUCAUGAUGUUUAGGAA